AAUUAUGUCACAGUAACAGAGCACGAACUAUCCACCAUCCACAGACAGAGAAGACAGACAUGCGCCAACUAUCUGAGCAUUUCAAUGGGACAUCGACAACAAUCAUUUAAUAUCUGGAUCGAAAGUACCGCUUUGUAUUUAUCACGGAUUCUCGGUCAUCCCAUGUUUGGCCGUUACCUGAGCACAGUGGGCUUUCCGCCAGCUCAGACUGUUUACUGCCACUGGAGACACUGGUAUCAGCCUGGUCGUUUAUGGUUGACGCCUCCAUCCCACCUGCAGCAUCCCUCGUCCUCCUUCAGCACUGUCAGACACCCCUCCAGUAGGCCCCCGAGACCUCCAAAUCCGUACAGCUGGAGCUCCUGGACGAAAACUGGAAUACUGCCACAUACUCAACCCAGAAGAGACCUUCAGCUUUCUGCAGGUCUAAUGGACCGCUCUAAUAAUGAGCCACCACAGAAAAGAAGGAAGAGCGCAGACGGGAGGCAAACAGGGGAUAGAUCUCAACGCUCGACCGAGCGAUCACCUCCAAAGGGCAGCAGGAGUCUAAAAGGAAGUCCAGAAUGGCUACGCAAUGUAACCGGCACUCCGGUUCCUCCUGGAAAAUUUCUGUCAAGCCCAAAUAAGACUCUAGCCCAACCAGAAUUGAAGAGGCACUGGGAGGAUCUUUCUCGCCUCUGUAAUGCUGCACCAUCUGUGAAUGGAAUUAAAAGGCCAUUUGACUUUUCUGUGAUGUCCUACAAUAUCCUCUCACAAGAUCUGCUCUGCGAUAACACAUACCUUUAUAGACACUGUCAUCCUCCAGCUCUGGAUUGGCACCAUAGGUAUUCUAACAUCAUCAAAGAGCUUGAAAAGCACAGUGCUGAUAUAAUGUGCCUGCAGGAGGUGCAAGAGGACCACUAUAAGCAACAAAUUAAACCCUCGCUAGAAUCUUUAGGCUACCAUUGUGAGUACAAACGGAGGACGGGACUGAAGCCUGACGGAUGCGCGGUGGUCUUCAAACGCGAGCGCUUCUCUUUGGUCUCCUGUCACCCUGUGGAGUAUUUCCGACGUGGCAUCCCUCUACUGGACCGUGAUAACGUGGGCCUGAUUGUGCUGCUCCGGCCCGUUGACUCCCAUAGCUCCCUCACCAACAUCUGUGUGGCCAACACACAUUUACUGUACAACCCUAGACGUGGGGACAUUAAACUGGCCCAGCUGGCUAUGCUGCUGGCAGAGAUAAGCCGGGUGGCCCAGUUACCUGACAGCAGCAAAUGUCCCGUGCUGCUCUGUGGAGAUUUUAACUCUGUUCCCUGGUCUCCCUUAUAUCGCUUCAUUAGGGACAGCAGACUGGAAUAUGAUGAUUUACCUAUUGGAAAGGUAGAGAAUCCUUCAGCAUUUCCUCAUUCUGCCAGAGGGGCACAUCUUUUAGAAAUAAUUCUGACUGUGCCAAUUUGGCCCAGAAGCCUGGGCAUCUCUCAGCAGUGCCAGUACGAAAGCCAAACAGCAGGUCACAUUUCACAGGAUCUUUAAAUUCUCAUGUGAUCUGUUUGUAGUGUUACCAAACCCAGCAUUGCGCACUGUUUGAAGCUGACCUCUGCAUACUCCCACUACCUGAAAGAGAGCGGUCACCCUGAGAUCACCACGUGCCACUCACGGACGGCCAUAACCGUCGAUUACAUCUUCUACUCUGCAGCUCUGGGGGAUACGAUGGCUCAAACAGAAUGCAGUGUGCCACCAGACAAGGGUCUGCAGCUGCUGGGCAGGUUAUCCCUGGUGGGGGAAGAUGAACUCCAGAAGGUUAACGGUCUUCCCAACCAGCACAACUCCUCUGACCACCUGCCGCUUUUGACAUGUUUCCGUCUGCACCCUCGAGUUGAUGGAUGAUGGAACAAAAGUGUUUAGGAGUAUCAUAAAGCCUUUAAUAUGUUUGUAGGCAGAGAAGGAUCAUUUUUCUAACAAACUUGGGUAAAAAAGUUUGCAUAUUUGUUUUACACCAACAAAAAUGACUCUUGAUUACCUUAAAACAGUGGAUAACAAACUUGCAGCAAAAGUGGAAUUUGGAAGUUCUUGAUAACUGAUUUACCCAGUGCAUUACAGGAAGGUAACACACACACUGUAAUCAAUAAAUUGUUUUAUUGGGAUGUUUUAUUAAAAAAUAAGGCAGCUUUGAGUCAUUUAAAGAUGCAAUUUUUUUUCAAGGUUUUAAGAGGCAAUUAUUUAAGACUUGGAUCAUUUUAAAGAUUAUAAGAAGGUGAAAAAAAAUAAAUGUUUUUUAUCUUCAAA